AGGGCGCGGCUCUGCUUCGCUCGGGCUCCGCGCUGCGCCCCGAGCGCCGGUUGCUGCUCCUGCUGCUGCUGCUGCUGCUGGUCGGGCCGCCGUGGCCAUGGCGUGGCUGGGGGUGGAAGGCGAGGACGGCGGGCUCCUGGCCGGGCUGUGGCAGGCGUUGCUGGCCGCGGUGGCGGCCGCCUUCAUGAGCUGGCUGUGGUUCGGGGGCGGCGGUGGUGAAGGGCAGCGGAAAAAGGCUGAGGAGCCCAAGGGGGACACGCGCGGAGCCCAAGACGCAUCUCAGAGAACCGGUGACGGUGUCCUUUCGCAAACAAAACACACAGCAAAUGUGUCCAGCCCACAGGAGCCCCUGGAGAACCAUGUCACACCCUCAGGAGACCAUCACACCCCUGACGGUUUCAUACAGCCUCCUGAAAUAGAAACCGUGGUCAAAGACCGUAUCAUCCCGUUCAUGAACUAUUCAGAAUAUCUAAGGAGCGAAGCAUCCAAUCACCCCAACACAACACCCGAACCGCCCCAAAUCCAUGAAGCGGAAGCCCGUGAGGAGAGAACGUCAGCUGAAGUAGACAACUCUGGCGAUAAACCUGAGGAGAAACUCAACCAAGACCCGCGUCCAGAAACACUGGAUGCUGAAGACGUUGAGGCCGCCAAGAAACCUUGCGCGGACGACGCUGGCAACAAGGAGGUGGAGCAAGGGAAGAGAAUUGCGGCCGUGACCCCCAUGCCCCAGACUGUCCACGUGGUCUUCCGUGUCCACUACAUCACUCGUUUGGAAGCCCAGCAGAUCGCCAUCACGGGUGACCACGAGUGUCUGGGCCAGUGGCGCCAUUAUAUACCCCUCAGGUGUGACAAAGAUGGCUUCUGGUCAGACUCCGUGGUUCUCCCGUUUGAUACCAGCGUUGAGUGGAAGUUCGUCUUGGUGGAGAGUGGCAAGGUGGUGCGAUGGGAAGAGUGCGCCAACCGAAGGCUAGUAACUAAACACGAAGAUCAGAUGGCUCAUAAGUGCUGGGGGUAUCACUGAACAGAAGGAGUACAUUUCUCUGCCUUUACUUAGCGCUAUUUUAGUACUCCUCCAUGCUGUGUGUUUAACUAGGACUGCCUCAUAGCCAGUCUUUCUCCCAUUAGGCUAGGCUUUAAGAUAGAAACGCAUUCUUCAAAUGAAAUCAAACCCAGGAUUCCCUAAUAGCAAGCAGGUUAGGGGCCCUAGUGGCCAAUGCUUCAAAAUAAAACAUUUUCAACUCUCAAGUUGACAUUUGUAUGGUGUGAAGAGACAGGCGUGUGAAUCCGGGACGCCGGACAUAAGAAAAAGAUCGUUCAACUGUCCUGUAACUGUUUUAAAAACAUUCUUAGUUUAUGAUGACUGCAUCCGAAAGAAAUAAAGAUGGACUUUUUACAAUGA